AUGGACAACUCCAUCUACAAUAGAUUGAAGCCGAUUACUCCUAACGAUCUGUAUGUAUCGUGUACCAUAUUCGAUUACAACGGAAACAUCACAGCUGUGUCGAAAAAGUAUCCCAAGAUGAAGUUCUUGCGUGACAACAAUCUUUUCCCGCGUGACUUGCGAAAGAUCGAUACCUCUUCUAUAGACGUAGCUCCUUCUAUCAUGGUAAGAACUCCCAACUCUAUAGUCGUAAACAUGUUGCAUAUCAAGGCUAUUGUCACUAAGGACACAGUCAUGGUGUUUGAUACGUCAACUCCAUCGAUAGCUACGCGUUUGGGGUUAUUCAUGUAUGAUCUUGAGAUGAAGUUGAAGCUACCAGCUGGUAAUCUCAGCUACGAAUUCCGGGCUCUCGAAUGUAUUCUCAUUAGCAUCAUGAGCUAUUUGGAGGCCGAAGUGAAAUCGCAUCUUUCCAGCUGUGGCCUCAUCCUAUCUGAAUUAGAGGACCAAGUAGACCGUAAUAAGUUGCAGGACUUAUUGAUCAAGCUGAAGAAGUUGUCCAGUUUCUACCAAAAGACUUUGUUGAUCCGAGACAUCUUGGAAGAACUUUUAGACAACGACGAAGACUUGGCAGGCAUGUAUUUGACUGAAACAAAGCAGUUCGAUCCCAAAGUUGAAAAUUACGAGGAAUUGGAGAUGAUCUUGGAAGCGUACUACAAACAGUGUGACGAGUUUGUCCAACAGGCGGGUUCUCUUCUAAACGAUAUCAAGGCUACCGAGGAUAUCGUCAACAUCAUCAUAGAUGCCAACAGAAAUUCGUUGAUGUUGUUCGAGUUGCAAGUAACCAUAUACACCUUGGGGUUCACUGUAGCUACUUUGGUACCUGCUUUCUACGGGAUGAAUCUUAAGAACUACAUAGAAGAGUCGACCUACGGCUUUGGAGCUGUUAUUGCCCUUUCAAUCAUUCAAGGAUUGAUUGUGACUUUUAUCAACUUUCGCAAAUUGCAUAGAGUGCAGAAGUUGACAAUGAUGGAAACAAAUACCAAGAAGAUGGGGCGGCUAGCCAGUAGAUUCCACCACAGCUCCAGUCCUGUGGGAACAUUCAAUAAGGAUAAAUGGUACUAUAGACUCUUCUUUGGAACGCGCAGCACCAACUACCAUCGUCCUACUACUAAGGAGAAGGACGUAAUCUGGCGCAUGAUCAACGACGACAAACCGUUCAGAUGA